AUGCGACCAAUAAAGUACCUCUGGGCUCUAUGCCUAGGACAGUCUGGACUGGCAAAUGCAAAUUCCAGUACCGAAGAACCUGAAAAUGCAAACCACAUCUUCAACGGGAUCCAAUCAACCCUUCGACACUAUGAAACAGCCAUAAAACCCUAUGGAUUGGCCUUCCACCUGGCAACAGUCCAAAAAGGAACCCGCUUCUAUCACGGAACCGACAAAUCAGACCCCAUCAUCGGCGUCGAAUGGCUAGCUUUCAAACCACAGAAAUCCCUGCGUUACGCUCACAGCAGCAACUGGAAAGGAAAACGAGACACACAACAACCUCUCAAUGUACCCACAGCUGGAUAUCUGCACACAUAUGCUGCUGCCAAAGAUCUGCGUCUGCUAUACAUAGACGGUCACUCAGCUGGGCUGGGCGGGGACAUGCAAUCUCAAGAUCGGAUCCUCUUUAACGAUACAAUUACCAGUUCGGUGCCUGGUCUGCGUCCGCCUCUCAAUAUUGAUCCGGAGAUGGAACGUGCGUUCCAGACAUGUCGUAUGGCCAAGGAAGAAUGGGGAGGAAGAAUUGAUGGGAUUGUGCGUACGGAAGGCGAUUUCGAAAUAAUCCUGUGUGAGUUCGAGCGUAAUCUGGAAGUUGUGAAGAUUAUACAGACGAGAGCGGAUGGCGGUGUAGGUGAAGAUCAUGGAGGACCAUGGGAUCCGAAGGGCCCGAAUGGCGGAAAGGGUCAUAGGCCUGGCGGUGGACCUCUUGGACCGAUAAGGGGUGAUUAUUGCUCGCUUGCUACAAGGUAUGAUCAAUUCCUUGGACAAAAGGUCCAUUUGGAUUUCGAUCACUUUGUUACUGCUUUCGGGUAUGGAUUGGAUCUAUUCCCUGGUGGUUCUGAUCGUCCGGUGUUGGAUCAUAUUCCCACUGGGCUGCUGGAGCCCAUUCGGCGGGAUAUCAAUGCCAUGGUUAAUACCCUGGAACCCCCGGUUGGUGCUUUCGAUUGGCAAGCUGUUGCUGAUUUGAUUGUUUUCCGGUACUCGGAUGAAUUGUUGACUUAUGCUGCUGGGGAAUUCAAAUCUGUUGAGUCACUUCGAGACAGGAUUGAGGGGGUGCUGGAGAUUUUCAUUGACUAUAGUGAGUUUGGUGCGAAGGAGGAGAUUGUGAAGCUGUGCCAAGGCGAGUUCAUUCCCAGCUCUGCACCCGUUGAGUCGGUUGGAGGUCGUGCUGUCUCUUCGAUUUCGAAGAAGGUUUGUUCUACUCUAGCGUCCGGCUUGUUGGAUGGGAAGGAUCUGAAGGACACGGUAGAGAGUUUCAAGCAGCUGGUGGAGUACUUGGCCUGGACAACCUGGGAGGGCGAAUAA